UUUUUCCUUUUCAUAACUUUGGCUCUAUUGCAACCAGACGACCAAUAAAAGAAAUUCUGAUAAUCCUUUACCAUUGAGCCCCAUACUCGAAGAAAGUGAAACGAUGGCUAUGGACUCAGCAACAACCUCGGCUUCUUCGAACGUGCAUUCUAAUAAUCAGAUAUUCAAUAACAACGGAGUUGAGAAAAAUGACAGUCAAAUGUCUAUCGAAUGUACCUCAUCUAUAGUUACAACAUCUAUUAUCAAAGAAGGGCCUCCUUCUAUUCACAAUGGGGUAUCAGCCACAAAUGUUACCCAAAAUAUCAAUCAACAACAGCGUCCUGAACCGUCCAUCUCUUCUAAUUUAAGCAGCGCUUCGACACUUGACCAACUUACCGAAAAUAGUAUUGUUGAGGACAUACUCAAGGAUGAUCACAAUCAAGACGCGAAUGAAUCAAUAGACCGUCUUCGUCAAAGAGGCGGUGAGGAAGAAUGUAAACGUAAAUUUGCAAAAAUGGUCCUCGCCGCAAUCAGAUUUCAGAAUAAACAAGAUAGGAAGCCUCAAUAUACGGCUCUGGUAUUUCAUCCAGUUACUGGCAAUAUAGAAAAGAUGCGUGUGAUUUACAGUGGAAAAGCCGAGUAUCAUAAAUUUUGUGGCAACGCACAAUAUCUGCCUCCUGAGCUCUCAAUGAUUACCACAGCAGAUAAGCAGAAAGAGUACCCACAGAAACAACAGCAAUCCGACAAGGGUUAUAAUAGCGAAAUGAUUGAUGUCUGGGUCUUGGGCAUUUUUUUAUAUCGUUUACUGACAGGAAGAUAUCCCUUUAUGGCGUCAAAUGAUCAUCAAUUAUUCAAAAAGAUGAUACAUAGUGAUUUCAAUGUCCCUGAUUAUCUGACGGAAGGUAAUUUUUUUUUGUUUUUUUUUUGCGGGAUUCUACCAUACAGUAUAGAAUUCGUUUUAUUCAUCGUGCUUUCUCAUAUACAGAUGCAAAGGAUAUAAUCAAACGUAUGCUAGCACCAUAUGGCACAAGAGCAUCUUUAGAUAUAGUCAUUCACCAUCCUUGGCUAGCAAAUUACAGACACCGUUUACUCGACUAUCAUAAACAGUAUUGCCAUGACCAAAUGGAAGACUUGAAUAAACGUAGUAUCACCACGAAUCAUGAGGGAGACAUAACUGUC